UUAUCCUCAUCCCAACGUUCAAGGUUCCUCUGCUCAGAAUACGAAGAUGACUGGACAGAACCUCCUCUCAAUUCAGCAAAUUUCACAGCAUGGGUCACCAGAGGAUUGCUGGAUUGUUGUAAACGAUCAAGUCUGGGAUGUGACUGAUUUCCUGGAGGAACAUCCUGGCGGAUCUGCAAUCAUCUUAAAAUAUGCGGGGCGUGAUGCCACAAAGGCCUAUUCUAAAGUUCACACUCCGAGCCUUAUCAAAUCGAAUUUAUCCCCAGACAAGCUGAAGGGUAUUCUCGACCAAUCCACUAUUGACAAUGAAUGGAUCAAACCACCGCCAAAAGAGAGCGACAAAGUUGUUUUGGAGAACGAGAAACCACCGCUGCAUACGCUGAUAAACUCGCACGAUUUCGAAGUCGUAGCUUCCAAGACUGCAAGUAAGAAGACCUGGGCCUUCUAUUCCAGCGCUGCAACGGACCUCAUCACCCGUGACGCCAAUAAGUCAUGCUUUGACCGGAUAUGGUUCCGACCCCGGGUACUGAGGAAUGUGCGCACCGUCAACACGCGCACGAAGAUCCUCGGGGUUGACAGCAGUCUCCCACUUUUCGUGAGUCCAGCAGCUAUGGCUAAGCUCAUUCACCCGGAUGGUGAGUGUACCAUAGCAAGGGCAUGUGCAAAUAAGGGUAUCAUCCAAGGUGUGUCGAAUAACUCAUCAUUCCCAAUCGAAGAGCUCCAGGGGGCAGCACCGUCUGGAAAUUUUAUUUUCCAGUUAUAUGUGAAUCGGGAUCGAGAGAAAUCUGCGGAACUGCUCCGCAGGUGCUCAGCUAACCCGAACAUCAAGGCCAUCUUCGUGACCGUUGACGCAGCCUGGCCCGGUAAACGUGAGGCGGACGAACGAGUCAAAGCGGAUGAGAGCCUGACGGUCCCCAUGUCCCCAUCGACAACACGCAAUGACAAAAAGGGAGGCGGGCUCGGGCGCGUUAUGGCUGGGUUCAUCGACCCGGGACUCACCUGGGAAGAUCUGGCCUGGGUGCGGCAACAUACCCAUCUCCCCGUUUGUCUGAAGGGAAUUAUGUCCGCAGACGAUGCCAUUCUAGCCAUGAAAUCGGGCCUAGAUGGCAUCCUGCUCAGUAACCACGGAGGACGCAAUCUGGACACCAGUCCGCCAUCCAUCAUCACCCUCCUUGAACUGCAGAAGCGCUGUCCCGAGAUCUUCGAUAAGAUGGAAAUCCACGUGGAUAGUGGGAUCCGACGAGGGACUGACAUAUUGAAAGCCAUUUGUCUGGGUGCGACUGCAGUAGGAAUCGGCCGGGCCAUGCUCUUUGCGACAAAUUACGGACAGGAAGGAGCUGAACAUCUGAUAGAUAUUCUACAAGACGAGCUAGAGACGGCAAUGCGGAACACAGGGAUCACCAGUCUCGAUGAAGCCAGCCCAGAUCUCGUCAACACAGGAGACAUCGACCAUCUGGUUCCGGGGUCUCCGUCACAUCCAUACGCUCGAGCCAUUGCAAAAGGGCGGCGUUUGUCUAGACUUUAGGAUGGCUGCUGGCUAUAUUGGUACUGUAUAUAUAGAGACAGAGAGGGUUUAUGAGGCUGGACGCAGUGCUUGCGACAUCCUUCCUAAUAGAGAAGGAAGGAACGUGCCCAGCUCUUUCAUGCUAUUGAGCAACUAGUACGCUAUAUUUGGGGGGGUGUCGGGUGACAGAUCUAGCUUUACAAAGUAACUACAUGCUACCGCGGUAUUGAAACUUCAAAGAUGCAUGGGAUACCUGAUCGUGCAGCAUUCUGAGGAAUCCUAAUCGAGGAUGUUUCGAAAGCAAGAGACGGACCUCGGUCCGAGUGUUCC